AAGACCCGCCCCCAGGGCCGUGGAGGCCAAUGGGAGAAAGUGACGGUUACGACCGUUGGGUUUCGAAGAAGCCAAUGACAGCCGGGAGCGGAGAGUUUAAGACGCUCAGGCCUGCGCCUCUCGGGUCGGUCGGGGAUCGCACCGGCUCGGAGCUGACGGGCUCGGCGGGCACCUUUCCCCUGCGGACGCUUCGCCCCCAUGGCGCAGUUCGUGUUCGACAGCGACCUGCACGCCCUGCUGCAGCUGGACACCCCCAUCCCCAAUGCGCCCCCCGCGCGCUGGCAGCGCAAAGCUAAGGAAGCCUCGGGGCCCGCGCCCUCACCCAUGCGGGCGGCCAAUCGGUCCCACACCGCCGGCCGGACCCCGGGCCGCACUCCGGGCAAAUCCGGCUCCAAGAUUCAGACCACCCCCAGCAAACCUGGUGGGGACCGCUAUAUCCCCCAUCGCAGUGCGACCCAGAUGGAGGUGGCCAGCUUCCUCCUGAGUAAGGAGAACAACCAUUCGGAAAACAGCCAGACGCCCACCAAGAAGGAACAUCAGAAAGCCUGGGCUUUGAACCUGAACGGUUUUGACGUGGAGGAAGCCAAGAUCCUUCGGCUCAGCGGGAAACCACAGAAAGUUCCAGAGGGUUACGAGAACAGACUGAAAGUCCUCUACAGCCAGAAGGCCACGCCGGGCUCCAGCAAGAGGACCUGCCGUUACAUCCCCUCCCUGCCCGACCGGAUCCUGGAUGCCCCUGAAAUCCGCAACGACUAUUACCUGAACCUGGUGGAUUGGAGCUCCGGGAACGUGCUGGCCGUGGCUUUGGACAACAGUGUGUACUUGUGGAGCGCCAGCACCGGCGACAUCCUGCAGCUGCUGCAGAUGGAGCAGCCUGGAGACUACGUUUCCUCUGUGUCCUGGAUCAAGGAGGGCAACUACCUGGCUGUGGGCACCAGCAGCGCGGAGGUCCAGCUAUGGGAUGUGCAGCAGCAGAAGCGGCUUCGGAACAUGACCAGUCAUUCUGCCCGAGUGGGCGCCCUGUGUUGGAAUAGCUACAUACUGUCCAGUGGCUCACGCUCUGGUCACAUCCAUCACCAUGAUGUUCGGGUAGCAGAACACCAUGUGGCCACACUGAGUGGUCACAGCCAGGAAGUGUGUGGGCUGCGCUGGUCCCCAGAUGGACGACAUUUGGCCAGUGGUGGCAAUGAUAACUUGGUCAAUGUGUGGCCUAGUGCUGCUUUAGAGGCGGGCUGGGUUCCCCUGCAGACAUUCACCCAGCAUCAAGGGGCUGUCAAGGCUGUAGCUUGGUGUCCCUGGCAGUCCAAUAUACUGGCAACUGGAGGGGGCACCAGUGAUCGGCACAUUCGCAUCUGGAACGUCUGCUCUGGGGCCUGUCUGAAUGCUGUGGAUGCCCACUCCCAGGUGUGCUCCAUCCUCUGGUCUUCCCACUACAAGGAACUUAUCUCAGGUCAUGGCUUUGCCCAGAACCAGCUGGUUAUUUGGAAGUACCCAACCAUGGUCAAGGUGGCUGAGCUCAAAGGUCACACAGCCCGGGUCCUAAGUUUGGCCAUGAGUCCAGAUGGAGCCACGGUGGCAUCAGCAGCAGCAGAUGAGACCCUACGCAUGUGGCGCUGCUUUGAGUUGGACCCUGCACGGCGGCGGGAGCGGGAAAAGGCUAGUGCAACCAAGAGCAGCCUUAUCCAUCAAGGCAUCCGUUGAGGACCAACUCAUCACUUCAGUUUUUAUGUUUGCUUUUUUUAUUUUUCUAAUAAAGUCAUGUCUCUCUUCUCCUUG